AGGGACCUGUAAGGGUUUAAAAGGCCUCAGGCCUCAGUUUGGACCUCAGUCCGACCUUCCCAACAUGCGGAGGCUGCUGAUUUUGAGUGUGCUGCUGCAGGCAGUCCUUGGCAAUGAGAACUUUGUGGGGCAUCAGGUUCUCCGAAUUUCUGCAGCCGAUGAAGCCCAGGUGCAGAAAGUGAAGGAGCUGGAGUUUCUGGAGCAUUUGAAGUUGGACUUCUGGCGGGACCCCGUCCGGCCUGGCCUCCCCAUCGAUGUCCGAGUGCCCUUCUCCAGCAUCCAGGCUGUCAAAGUCUUCUUGGAAUCUCAAGGCAUUAGCUAUGACAUCAUGAUUGAAGAUGUUCAGUCACUGCUGGAUGAGGAACAGGAGCAGAUGUCCAACUUCCAAGCCCGGGCCUUGUCCACUGACACCUUCAACUACGCCACCUAUCACACCCUGGAUGAGAUCUAUGAAUUCAUAGACCUGCUGGUGGCUGAGAACCCACAGCUUGUAAGCAAGAUCCAGAUUGGCAACACUUUUGAAGGCCGCCCCAUUUACGUGCUGAAGUUCAGCACUGGAGGGACCAACCGCCCAGCCAUCUGGAUUGAUACUGGCAUCCAUUCCCGAGAAUGGGUCACCCAGGCCAGUGGGGUCUGGUUUGCAAAAAAGAUCACUAAAGACUACGGCCAGGACCCAGCUUUCACGGCCAUUCUUGACAACCUGGACAUCUUCCUGGAGAUUGUCACCAACCCUGAUGGUUUUGCCUACACCCACAAAACGAAUCGCAUGUGGCGCAAGACUCGAUCACGCACACAGGGCUCCCUCUGCGUUGGGGCAGACCCCAACAGGAACUGGGAUGCUGGCUUUGGGCUGGCCGGAGCUAGUAGCAACCCCUGCUCGGAUACUUACCAUGGCAAGUCUGCCAACUCGGAAGUGGAGGUCAAGUCCAUUGUGGACUUUGUGACGAACCAUGGAAACAUCAAGGCCUUCAUCUCCAUCCACAGCUACUCCCAGCUCCUUCUCUAUCCCUAUGGCUACACAUCAGUGCCAGCCCCUGACAAGGAGGAGCUGGAUCAGCUCGCUAAGUCUGCUGUGACGGCCUUGACAUCUCUGUACGGGACCAAGUACACAUACGGCAGUAUCAUCGAUACAAUCUAUCAAGCCAGUGGGAACACUGUCGACUGGACCUACAGCCAGGGCAUCAAGUAUUCUUUUACUUUUGAGCUUCGGGACACGGGGCUCAGAGGCUUUUUGCUGCCUGCCUCUCAGAUCAUCCCCACAGCAGAGGAGACGUGGCUGGCCCUUCUAACCAUCAUGGACCACACCUUCAAACACCCCUACUAAAGCAGCCCUCUAGUCCCUGCCUUUCCCUUCUCCCUAGCCCCAUCCGGGCAACCUAAUAAAGUUUGAUUGUACAAGAA